AUGGUACGCGUGACUGUGGAGUUUGGCGGUGGCACCGAGCUGCUUCUUGCUCCGCCACAUGAGAAGGUGCAUCAGCUUGAUAUACCUAAAAUCCACGGGACUGACCCUGAUGUGCGUGCGUUGGUUCAAUACAUACGUCAGCAUCUAAUCCAAGAGCGGGAAGAGCUUUUUGUUGAGGGCGAUCAUGUGCGCCCUGGCAUUCUCGUGCUCAUCAAUGACAGUGACUGGGAAUUGGAAGGCGAGAUGGACUAUGUGCUUCAGCCGAAUGAUCGUAUUGUAUUUAUUAGCACACUGCAUGGUGGCUAG